UUACACUUGAAAUGCAUGAUUUGUUGCAAGAAAUGGGUCAGUCGAUUGCUUGUGAGUCAGAUGAUCGUUGUUUGGAAAACUAUAGCAGACUAUGGAGGCCAAAAGAUAUCUGCCACGUCUUGGAAAAUAAUAUGGGCACUUCAAAAAUUAAAGGGAUAUUUGUUGAUGAUUAUCACAUACAAGGAGAAGGAGAGAUAAACUUGGACCCUUCAGUCUUUAAAAAAAUGUCAAGUCUAAAAUUGCUUCAACUAUCAAUCAUGUAUAAACCAUUUCAGCUUCCUCAUGGUUUAGACUCUUUUCCUAUAGAGCUUAGAUAUCUUGAAUGGUAUGACUACCCUUCGAAAUCUUUAGGGUCAAAAUUUACACUGGGUAAUCUUGUCCAUCUUAGUAUGCCUCGGAGCCGGCUUGAGAAACUAUGGGAUGGAAUUCAGGUUGGUAAAAUAAAUAUAUGUUUGAUCUUUUAUGUAUUAAUUCAUCCAUCAAUCAAGUUGAUGAGAUUUUAAUUUAUAUAGUAAAUUUAAUUGUCAAUCACAGGACAUACACACAUUAUUAAUAUAUGAUUUCUCUUUUUGUC